AUGGAAUUAAUUGGCAGUGGUGUUUUGCCAAAUAUGCCUCCAACACUUGAGAAGCUGUCAUUCGCUUUAAACCGACUCACCACAGGAAAAUAUCUUUUUGAAUUUUCCUCUCUGCGUAAAUUGAAGGAAUUUAACAUGACGUUGCUUUUAAGACCUACAAAACAUUCUCAGGAUCUCUUUGAGAGAUGCUAUGAAAAGAAGGAUUUUACAGUCUUAGUUGAGUCAAGUAAAAGUCAGAACCAAGGAUAUUCAGGCUUACAGAGGUACUUCCUGUAUAAAUGUAAACGACUUAAUGAUUCUAUAAGUUCAUCUACGAGACCAGAAGAUUUUAAUAAUCUUCCUGAUGAUGCAGAUUUAGUGGGUGCCGGAGCUAAAGAAAGCUAUGAGCAAAGCAGAUACAAUAAUAAAAACCCGGCUAAACCGCAAUAUUCUUUUCAUGCUUUUAUAUCCUAUGUCGGAAAAAAUAGAGGGUUCGUAUUCCAAAAGAUGAAACCAAUAUUAGAAUCUAAAGGUUUGAAGUUAAUAAUUCGUGAUAUUCACUUCGAAAUUGGUAAUUCUAAAAUUGACAACAUCAUGAAAGCCAUCAGCAGGAGUAACAGAACUAUUUGUGUUGUGUCAAAAGAGUAUCUCAAAUCAAAAUGGCGGACAUAUGAAUUAAAUAUGGCAAAAAUGGAAGGAAUAAAUAAGAGAGGAUCUUUAGGAUAUGUCCAUCUAAUUCUGAUGCCUGAUUUGUUUGAAGGGGGCUGUGACACAGCUAUAAAAGAUUUUAUAGAGGAAAAAUAUUUUCUUGACUAUCCACCGGAAGAUUCAUCCUUGCAGAAGGAAUUCUGGGAAAAUCUUUCUUCUAUUAUAAGGAGUCCAUGCUAA